AAGAGAGUGUUGUGUGUUCAGUGAAUUCCGAAGUAUUCAUCAUAGAGUUUGUUGGAUCGUACCAAAUAAUACUCAACUAGCGCCAUCUACCGCUAAAAAGAAAAAUGUUGAACUUAGUUUCACUACUUGUCACCGCAGCGCUGGUGUCGCUUCAUUGCUCCAGGCAAGCCAACGCACUCCUAGAAAGACCAAAGUUAAUUCAACACAACAAUUUAGAAUCUAAUGAAAUCCCUACGCCUCGUCCAAAAAGGCUUCACAAGUAUGUGAAGAUACACCAAGGACUUCCUGAAAGCAUCACUAAUCCAGAGUCACCACUUGUACUGCAGUGUGUGGUUUGGGGAAAACCUGCUCCCGUCGUUACCUGGCUGAAGAAUGGACUUGCAAUUACUGAUUUUGAAGAAGACUCUAACGAAAUAUUCAGUAGUCAUCCCACCAGCCUGGCAGGACUUAUGAGCAAACUAGUGGUACCAGUUCCGGCUAACGGUGACGUGUACACGUGUGUGGGCACGGCUGGUUCUAAGCAGAAGACUAAUUCGACCACUAUUUACACAGAUGAAGAUUUCGUAGAAUUAGAGCUCCCAACAGCACCACUCAUUACCGCGUACUACUACAGCAUUCUUCAAGUGAUGGGCUCCAGCAUCACACUGCCUUGCCGGCACUACAGCCCAACGAAAGCGCAAGUCUACUGGUUGAACAGGGACGACAAACUCAUCUUUGAUCAUCCCAGGAUGAGGGUGCUUCCUUCUGGUGAUUUGCACAUCAAGGAUAUCUCUUUUGAUACAGAUAUGGGUGUAUACACGUGUACCGUCAAGAAUAGCUAUGGCACGGACACGGCAUCCACGUUUCUGUAUACUUUUCGGGCUUAGACAAAUGAAAAAAAUGUGCUGCAAGUUACCCGCCGACAUCGAUGUUCCUACUUAAAUUAUUAUUAGCUUAAUUAUUGUGAUUUAUGUACUUAAACAUGUUAUAUAACUUAAAUAAUAUUUUAAGAUUCGUUUUGUACAUUUAAUACGUUACGGAAAUGUCAAUGUCCGUUGACAGUCAAGUUGUUACGGUAUUUUUAUUUAUUCCUUAAAAGACAAUUAAUUGCGCAAGAGUAUAUCUUAAAACUGAUAAGCUUAAAUUGCAUUUAUUACAUUAAGUUAUUUCUGUACAGCUAUUUUAUAU